CCAUCCUUAUCAGACCAUUGCAGGCCGGCAAUUGUACGUCGUCGCGUCGCCGGCUCGGAAUCGCCGUCAAACGUCGCCGCGCUCGCGGUAAAAUGUUACGUUCCAAAAUCAAUUUGAAAAUCGAACGAAAUUGAUUUUUUUUUUAAUACUCCGUGCGAAUUAAAAUGCGUUCAUCACAGUAUGAUAGCCCUUCGCUAGCAUCGAAGAGUUCGAGCAAAAACAGUUCGAAUGCCGAUGGAAUGGAUGAUGCGCAUGAACUGGUACCAGCAGACAUAGUGUACGUGAACAGCGGCGUGGUUGCCUCCAAGUACGAUGAGCCUCUGUUCGACGAGGUGGAGGAACUCCUGGGGGCCUCCUCAGCGCCGAGGCCCUGCACCCUGGUGUGGAGGGACCUCACCGUGCACGUCAAACUCAAGGACGGCAAGCUGAAGAGGCUGGUCAACAAUGUUAGCGGAAUUGCCAAGCCCGGCUCAUUGGUUGCUUUGAUGGGACCCAGUGGUGCCGGGAAAACAACUCUGAUGAGCGCCUUAGCACACCGGAGUCCAAGCGGAACGAUAAUAGACGGAGAGAUAGCAAUGAACGGCGUCCCAGUAGGAGAGUUCAUGCACCUGGAGAGCGGCUACAUGCAUCAGGAUGAGCUCUUUGUGGAAAACCUCACUGUUAUGGAGCACCUCACUAUCAUGGCCAGACUCCGUAUGGACAGGCGUACGUCUCCGCUUGCACGUCGAAGAAAGGUGAACCAGCUGAUGAGACAGCUCUCUCUGUAUGGAGCCAGACACACACGGAUCGGAGGCUUGGAUGGACAGAAGACACUCUCAGGAGGAGAGAGAAAACGACUUGCGUUUGCAUCAGAGCUUUUAAUCGAUCCAGGUCUUCUGUUCUGCGAUGAACCUACGACUGGGUUGGAUUCUUCGUCCGCUCAGAAGUUGAUGACGCUACUCAGAGCGAGUGCUGUGCAGGGCAAAACGGUGAUAUGCACGAUACACCAGCCGUCGUCAGAGUUGAUGGCGUUGUUUGAUAAGCUGGUGUUAUUGGCUGAGGGAAGAGUUGGCUUUGCUGGCAACGCUUCAGGAGCGCUGAAUUUCUUUGAAAGCCUGGGCUACCAGUGCCCCAUCACAUACAAUCCUACGGACUAUUUCAUCAAAGUGUUGGCUCUGACACCCGGCUCUGAAGGAGCAUCACGCCAGGCCAUCAAGAGUGUGUGUGAUAGAUUCGCCGUCAGCGACGCUGCUAAAGAACUGGACAUGGAGAUCCAUUUGGAAUUUCACUUGAUGGAUAAUGAAGACGAGGACUCAAGAAGAGUGAAACAUAAUUACAAGCCACCGUUUCUUCACACGAAGAUAAUUUGGCUUGUCUACAGAUAUUUACUCAUUAUAUUACGAGAUCCUCGAGUACAGUUCGUGCGAAUAUUACAAAAAUUGGCUAUAGCAUUAACAGCGGGACUAUGCUUCAUCGGAACAGCUCGUCUUACUCAAGCUGGUGUCCAAGAUGUGCAAGGCGCUCUCUUCAUCAUCAUAGCAGAGAAUACGUUCUCGCCUAUGUACUCAGUUCUGCAUAUGUUCCCCGAAGAGUUUCCGUUACUGCACCGGGAACUGAAGGCUGGAUUGUAUUCCACACCAGUAUACUAUGUGGCUAGAAUGUUGGCUCAGUUUCCGGGUCUCGUAGUGGAGCCCACCUUGUUCACAUUAGUGGUUUACUGGGUAGCUGGACUUCGUGGAACUUUCUACGCAUUCGGUUUUACCAUCUUCCUUUCCAUAUUAGUUCUCAAUGUGGCAAUCGCUUGUGGAUCAUUCUUUUCCUGUGCAUUUGGAUCGAUGCCAAUAGCGAUAGCAUACUUGGUGCCUUUCGACUACUCGCUCAUGAUGACAUCUGGACUCUUUGUCAAAUUAAGUUCAAUACCCAAAUAUAUAUCAUGGAUUCGGCAUUUGUCAUGGCUGAUGUAUUCAAAUGAAGCCAUGAGCAUAUUGCAAUGGGAUGGAGUUGAGAAUAUCACGUGUACUGUACCUCAAAUCGGAGUGCCCUGCGUGAGCACCGGCGAAGAGGUGCUACAGAAGUACGACUUCGAAGCGAACCAGUUCUGGAUAGACAUCCUCGCGCUCUUCCUGCUAUACUUGGCCUUCCAUCUGCUAGCGCUGUUCGCCUUGAGAUACAGGACUAGGAGAAAAUAAUCAUGUCUUUUUUUGUAUUUUACUAGCAAAUAUUACAAUAAUAAUAAUCUUAACAAUUUGUUAUAUAAACCUUAAGUACAUAGCUCAUUAGAGCCACCCAGGACCUAUGCCUGCUACGUGAAUGCUUGCGAGAGGCGAUAAUCCCUGUAGCUCCGAAAUUAAUGAUCGCUGACACCCUGUUAUUUUUAUAAAAUUGCUUUACUAUUAGCAUACUCCUAAUUUAUAUACAGUUUAAAAAACUGUCAUCAUCCCUUCCUGCCUUUUAUAUUCAAAUUAUAAUAGAUAUAUUUAAUUUAGAUUAGAUUAGAGAUCAGGUCUGUGAUUAGCCGGAACAAAAAACAGACAAACAAAAAUGCGAUACUUAAAUAUAUUUUUUUAAUACGUGUAUUGUACGUAUACUUUCAUAUGCAUUUAGUAAAAAUUACAAACAGACACUUAAAUUUUAUUUGUAUAGAAAUAUUGGCAAUAUUAUUGCGUCAGUGCGGUUAACCUAUAAAUUUGAUACAUUAAAAUGUAUCUAUAUCCAUAAACCUUCACUAAAUAAUACUACUUACUAGGCGAGGCAGUACUGUUUGCUCUAAUGAGGUAUGAGCCCUAUGACCGGCGUUCACCUGAUGAGGCGACGUCAAACUAAUUAAACGACAGGUGAGUUAAUUAAUUCUGACUAAAUUAAGUCAAAAAUUAAUUAACACCUUUUCUCUCGCUGCCCUUCGAUAUAACUUAUUGUUAAUUUAAUACUACUUUACGACUUUUUUGGACAAAAGAGCAAAAACAAUAAAAACAGCUAAAAUAAUAACAUUUCAUUAUUUAAUGACAAUUUAAUAGUACAAUAUUAGCAUAAAUACAUAUUACAAAUAUAAUACAUAUAUAACAUAAUAAAAUAAUAUGAGAUAAGGAAUCCAUUUCUUUUUUUACUAUGACAUCAUCGUGCGAACGUUUGUAGGGUUCAGCAGUAUGCAAAUUAACUACUUAUAAGGUUGAAUCCAUAAUUAUUUACUUGAAUCUACCUGCAUUAAUGGUGUUUCUGUUUUGUUUAUUAUUUUUAAUGCAGAUACUUUUACGACUUUAUCAAACGAUUCUGAUGAUUUCUGUUAUUAUUUUUAGUACCUACGCUACGUACUAUCCCGUUUCUUAUAUGCGCUUUAGUAGUUUUAAGUAUGUAUUAAAAUCCAAUGUUACCUCAAAAAUCGGAAAAUUAUUGAGCUUACCCCAUAGUAGAUAUACCUUAGUUGGUAAGUACCCGUUUGUGUUGCGAUCGUAUUUUUUUUGUUAUAUACUUACUAAGAUAAAAAUUCAGCGAGCUAGAUUAUCAGCGAAUAACAUGGGCUAUAUAUUUCAUCCCCAUAUUCCUACAGGAACGAGCACUCAAGUUAAACCACGGGUUGUCCACUACAAUGAAAUAAUCAAUCUAUGUAUGUAACCUACCUAAUUAUAAUAUUCAUUGUGUCUUUAUUAUCGAGAAAACAAUAACUAUUUCUUAAAGGUCUUUUAUGGCGUGCAAAGGUUUUAUGACCAGGAUAAGCAUUAGGAAGAUCCAAAAUAUGUUUAACAUCUGGAACACUCUUUACUUUGUCUGGAGCUCGGCUGAUAUUCUUUUAUUGUAACACCAACGCUAUGGGAUCAUAACAUAGACUUCCAAACCAUGUUUGAUGUUAACUAUAAAAAUGAAUGGCAGAUAUCGUACCUAUGACCUGACUAUGUUAUUACUGUAUUGUUUCUUGAUUUUUAUAGUCUACUUAGUGAAAUAUCUGUUAUAUUAUUGUAUUUUUAAUAUGUUAAUAAUAUAGAUGAUCAAAAUAUAAGUGCAUAAAACAUUA